UUUUAAAGAUAGUUUCAGGAAGCGCUGUUAAAUAUCAGGAAGUUGUAAACAAAAGAUGACAGCUAGCUGUUAACCAGCUGAAUGAAUGUUGAGCGCAUCGUUCAAAACAGGCCAGUUAUUUGUCUGUUGUGUUAAAGCAAUAAAUAAUAGGGCUAAGUUAAAAUUACAUUUUAAUUAGCGCUUCGCUGGAGGCGACGUUUCUAUGCUUGCUGACUCAACAAGCUAACUAGCCUUGUUUUUGCUAACAAGGACGUUGCAGCGAGCUGUCUGCUCUGACGGAGUGAGUAAAAGUAGUGUUCGGGUCUGAUUGUCGAGUGAGGUCGAACAGACAGAGUUUCUCCGGUUUUUUUCAUUGUCAGGAUCGUCAUGUCGACAUCUAACGCAAAUUUUAAAAACAAGUGUGUGAGCCAGGUGAACUGCAUCUUCUGUGACAGUCUGCUGUGCACCAGAGGGAUGAAGGCUGUGCUUCUGGCUGACACCGAGGUGGAACUGUUUUCCACUGAUAUCCCUCCAAAUAGAACUGUUGACUUUGUUGCCAGCUGCUACUCCACUGAAAGCUGCAAAUGCAAAUUGAGAGACAUCGCCUGUCUCAAAUGUGGUAAUGUUGUGGGCUAUCAUGUCGUGGCCCCCUGUAAACCCUGCCUGCUUUCCUGCAACAAUGGUCACUUCUGGAUGUUCAAUAGUGAUGCCGUUUCUACACUCAACAGACUGGAUGCAACAGGUCUGAAUCUGCUGCUGUGGGGAGAUCUUCCUGAGCUGGAUGAUAGCGAGAACGAGGACUCAGAAAGCCUGUCAGAGGAGGAGUGCAUCAGGUAAAGAGGGAAACUGCACAUGAGAGGUGGUUCACCGACUUCAGAGGUGGAAAUUGAUAAGGGUUGAAGGUCUACUUGACGUGUGAGAGAAAAGAAAUGCCUUAAAGGGCAAUUCAACACUGACUGGUGUAGGGCAGGAAUGUGCUCUGCAGGGGUGACGCAUGAAAAUAUGGCACACAUCUCAGUGUGCAUGCAUCAGUGACGCUACAGCAGGUGCUUUGCCUCUGAUAGCUUGAGAACAACACGUGCUGUGACAUCACUUAUCUGGGUGUCGUCAGAUAUAAUCAAGAAAUUAAGGUAUAUACACGAGUAUUUCAGUGUUGAAUUAUCCUUUAACUUGAGUUCAUGCCUUUCAACAUCAUGUUUUACUGUUUAAAGCACAGAUGCACACAGUCAUAAUUUGUUCUGUUUUUUGUUGUUGCUGUCUGGGCUAUCGUGUAUUAUGCAGUGGAAGUAGACUGAACAUUUCAGACAAGUGUCUGUUCUGCUUUUCAUAGUAUAAUUUUGAUCAGGAGUGUGCUAUGAUACCUUUAUUUUUCUCUCCUCAUCAGUACAUGCUGUGUUUUAGCCACAAUAUUUACCUUCAGCCCAUUUUUGUGAUAAGAUUAUCACAUUUUUUCUUAAUGGUAGUUGCAAUCUGUGCACUAAAAUGCUGUAAUAUAGCUUCAAAAAGCAAAAGCUGACAUUGACUUUCAGGUUCUCAAAUCUUUCUGUGUGGCUGGGUGCUGACUGUAUUUUUUUAUUUAAAUUUUUUUUCUCAAUCAUGUUUUGGAGAAAUAGCACAACUAUAGAAUAUCUACUCGCAAGCUCUGUGCAUUUAAGGGACUAUUUAUUACAGGUUGCAUUGCGUCGUUUUG